AUGUUCUACAUCACGAGUACGCAGAACCACCACACACAACCAGCAAGCCUCUUCGACUUCAAGAUGACAUCCAACGCUUUCAAGACCCAGCCUGGGUUCAAAGAGGCAUAUCGGACGCUCAGACUUGCCGAGGCCGAGGAAGAGAUCAAGGCCGUUGUCCCUGAAAGGUUCUACAAGCAACCGCCGCAUACCCACCCCGUAAUCCUGGAGUAUCGCAGUCAACGCGAGGCGUCGUCAUAUCAAAUUGAAUCGGACAUCGAAUUAUCUGACAACGAUAUCCACAGGUUCCUCCGCGCGUUUAACAAGGACGUGCAAUACUACUACAAAGCCACCAAGCCACCAUACAAGGCAACCAUCGACGAAGGUGCCCCCGCACGAUAUAUCAGCAUCCUCGUGGACUUCCCAAUGGAGGUCACACAGCCAACACUCUCCACUCUGGUUAGUACGUUCCCUGAUAUUUCAGGGUCCUUAACCGGUUCCUGGAGUUACAAAACACCCGCGCCCUCGGAAGACACGGCGCUCUGGCGGGUGCAAUGGUUCCGGAAGGAACUGGUAACAUUUAACUGGGGGUUCUGGCUUGUUGGCUACAACCAUGGAUCAGUGGAAGUCGACGAGGAUAACAAGUUGGUUGCAGAGGACUCAGGAGCAGCUAGCUUUACGGUGGAGGAAAAGGCAGAGGCCCUGGCCGAGCUUGAGGCUGAGGAUGAUGGCGGCUAUUUGGGGCCAGGAUACGGCCUUUGCUACAUCCCCGAUAGCGCGUGGUAUGGUCCUUAA